AUGUCAUAUUUUAAUAAUAUACCGAAAACAAACACCAACGGUGUAGAUGAGGUCCCAAACCUUCUAGUAUCCGGCAUUUUGGGUUCCCUUCCUCUGUGUCAGUCAUUGGAAACAACUAAUACUUCAUCACUUUGCACCGAUUUCUCCAAUAACUUCUGGCAUCCUUUGAAUGGCAGUUCAAAUGACUUAGGUGGUGAUGGUAUUGGAAUGGCCAGACGGAAUUUUAUGCCUGGUACUGCAACAUCAUCGUCUAGCAGCUCGAGCAUCAGUUGCAGUAUAUGUGAAGUAAAUGCGACCAAUCGUUGUAUUGAGUGUAAUGAGUUCAUGUGCAGUAAUUGCUGGCGUAACCAUCUCAAUGAUCCCCAAUUCGCAAAUCACUCGACUUUUCAUUUGCCCUCACCAAUUGGUACAAUGCCCACCGGUGGUUUUUCUGCUGGUGCAAUGAACAAUUCAAAACCCCAUCACUUUUGCGAUAUACACAAUGAGAUAUUGCAGUACGUUUGCCAACCUUGCAAGGUGUUGGUAUGCCAAUGUUGCACUCUUUAUGAGCACAACGGACAUACGUACUCUUCGGUACAAAGUUUCUACGACGAAUUGAAGGAUGUAAUUAAGAAUGAUCUUGAAAGUAGUAAUACGGGCAAGAUAUCUAUUAAGAGUAGUAUUGACAGAUCAUUGACAUUUAUACGGCUCGUUGAGCGUAAUUGUGCUGAACUGAGCGAAGAUAUACGCAAAACCUGCAGACAAUUUAUAAGGGCUAUAGAGGAUAUUGAACGUUAUUUAUUGGAAUCCGUUGAGCAACUGCGCCAACGCCGUUUGGCUAUCUUAAAUGAUCAAAUGGCCGGAUUGAAAUCGGCUCUCGCUGGACUCUCUGAAACCAUGGAAAUGUUGAGAAAGACCUCAGUGAAUAUGUCAUGUAUGAAUAACUUUGAUAUAGCAAAGAAGGUUUUGAAUGCACAACGACAACUUCAGCAAUUCGCUGCCAUAUACAAAGAUUUAUAUCCAAAAUAUGAGGAAUUCGUAUUCGUUCCACCAAACGAUAAAAUAUUGCAGGAUGUACUCAAACAAGGUGUAAUUGUACGAGCAAAUGAUAAUAACACGAAUGUGGUAAAUGGUGCUGCGGUUAACCGUGGAUCAGUCAGCGAUUGUGGUGGAUCAGUCAGCGAUUGCUGUGUCCCAGUUAGCGGUGGAAUUUGUCGAUUCAAUUAUGAGAAUAGUUUCCGCGGUAUCCCUUCUCUAAUGUUGCCGUUACAUGGUUACAGCGCUAGUGCCAAUGAAAGGGAUUUUGGCGUGUUGUGUAAACCGUCAAAUUUACGUUUAAGUGCACCACGUAGCACACAUUCUAUAACAAAUUUCAUUGGUCCUGUAAGGGCUCUCUGUUCCAAUACACCCUCACUAUCAUUUGCCACAGAGGGUCACGCUAAUGGGCAAGUUAGCCGUCCUUGGGGCUUGUGUGUUGAUAAGCUGGGUCACAUAUUGAUCUCCGACAGACGUAAUAAUCGUGUGCAAGUUUUUAAUCCGGAUGGUACACUGAAAUUUAUAUUCGGCUCCAAAGGUUCUGGAAAUGGAGAGUUUGAUUUACCAGCCGGCAUUUGUGUCGACAUAGAUAAUCGCAUAAUUGUUGUUGAUAAGGAUAAUCAUCGCGUACAAAUUUUCACUUGCACUGGUAUAUAUUUAUCGAAGUUCGGUAGCUUUGGCAAAGAGCGUGGACAGUUCCAAUAUCCAUGGGAUGUGGCUGUAAAUUCGCGACGCCAAAUUGUUGUAACCGAUUCACGUAAUCAUCGCAUACAGCAGUUCGAUUCUGAAGGUCGUUUUAUACGUCAAAUCGUCUUCGAAAGUAAUGCUAAAACUAAGAAUCCAGCUUCACCGCGCGGAGUUUGUUAUACACCAACUGGUAAAAUAAUAGUAUCGGACUUCGAUAAUCAUUGUCUAUAUCUAAUUAAUCCAGAUUUGACUGAGAUCGUGUCAAUUAAAGGAGAAGAAGGUAAUGGAAUCCAAGAAUUUAAUCGUCCUUCCGGAAUUUGCUGCGACGACGAUGGACGCAUUAUUAUUGCAGAUUCUAAAAAUCAACGCGUCAUUGUUUACAAUCCCAGUUUAAAAUUUCUUUGGAACAUUGAAAUACGUCCAUCGAGAAAUCCCUCAAUGCCGCAUAAUCUCGACGAAAAAGAUCGAGCUUGCGACGUUUCUCUUAUGCCCGAUGGUCGAAUUGUUUUCCUACUCGAAUUAUCACCUGACACGAAAGAAGGAUCCAAUCCUUAUAAAAGAUUUGUACACGUUUUUUAA